AUGGAUAAAACAAUGGAAAAAAAUGAUGAGGUCGCGAUUGUGGGAAUAGGAUGCAACUUUCCCGGAGGAGAAGGAGUUGAGAAUUUUUGGCAAGUGCUUAUGGAAGGCAGAAACUGCGCAGUAGAGAUUUCACCAGAAAGGUUUGAUAUUAAAGAGUGGUAUGCUGCAGAUGAAAACACACCAGGUAAAAGUCAGACAAGAAGAGCUGCUUUUAUUGACGGAUUGAACGAAUUUGACAACAAACUGUUUGGAAUCAGCGACUCAGAAGCCGAGCACAUGGACCCUCAGCAGAAGUUGUUGUUGGAAUGCACCUACAGGGCCCUGGAGAGUGCUGGGAUCCCUGCUGAGGAGGUGGCUGGUUCCAGGAUGGGUGUCUUUAUCGGAGUUAUGAAUCGAGACUACGAACUUAUGUCCUUGAGAAAUCCAAGAACUGCAAACCAUUAUGAUGCCACUGGAUCUGCAGUGAGCAUAGCUGCUAACAGGAUUUCUUAUGUUUUUAACUUAACGGGACCAUCUCUGGCUAUAGAUACUGCAUGUUCAUCAUCUCUUGUUGCACUAUACUAUGCUUUCCUUGCAGUUAAACAAGGAGAUUGUGAAACAGCUCUCUGUGGUGGAGUGAGCUGCAUGUUAGACCCUGCAGUUAACGUCGUGUUGAGUAAAGCCAAACUGAUAUCUCCAGAGGGUGUGAGUAAACCCUUUUCCAAAAAGGCAGAUGGAUAUGGACGAGCAGAAGGUUGUGGUGUUGUCCUGCUGAAACCUCUAAGGAAGGCACUAGAAGACCAUAACAGAAUCUGGGGAGUCAUUGCUGCCAUUGCUGUCAAUCAGGAUGGACGAUCGGCUACUCCCAUCAUCAGACCAUCUCAGGAGCAGCAGGAGAGGCUCCUCCAGAGCAUCUAUUCAGCUCACAUUGACCCACUGAGUGUGCAGUAUAUCGAGGCUCAUGGCACAGGAACAUCCGUUGGGGAUGUCACUGAAGCUGAGAGCUUGGGAAAUGCUGUUGGAAGGAACAGGCCAGGGGGAUCCCCCGCUCUGAAGAUCGGGUCAGUGAAAGGCAACAUCGGCCACAGUGAAUCUGCAGCGGGAACAGCUGGCCUCAUUAAAGUCCUUCUGAUGAUGCAACAUGAAAAGAUUGUCCCAUCUUUGCACUAUUCAGAGAACAUAAGCAGCAUCGACACUAAGAGAUUAAAUCUGUCCAUUCCAACAAGUCUAGACGCUUGGGAAGAGCCCCGAGAAUUUGGCAGAGGAGCUGGGCCUCCAGGAAAUCCCUCCAGCUCACCAUGGAAGACACAGCUCGUCAUCUGGACCAAAGUGUCCAAGUUUCGCUGCAAAAUCUGGCUUACACAUCAGCCUGCAGAAGGAGCCAUGUGA